AUGAAUGCAUGCUCAGAUGCGUUGGAUGAGCUGGCAGGAUUGAUCAAGGGGCUACUGAAGCGAGGAAGCAUGGCUUAUGAUGAGCGCGCAAACACUGGAUCCAAGGAACUUAAACUUGCUGACGCGCGUUUUCUGGCCAAUCAGGGCCUGCCAGGCUUCGUCUUCUUCCUCCCUUCCGUUGCUAAAGCUCCUGCAACUGUAGUAUUUAGUGCAUUCAUCAAAGCUUCUUCAAGUAAACUUUAUUUUUCACAUUCCAUACAAGGAAAGACGCCGCACCGCAUCAUACCGCAUAUAUCAUAUAUCAUCAUCAUCAUGGAGGUAACAAUUGAGUAUCUUUACGCAGUUGUUGCUGGUGUUUUGAGCAUACUACUAGUUACUUAUUCUGUGUUCUUUAGAGGUGAAGCACAGCCACGACCCAAGCUUGCACCUUUAGCUUCUGGUGGAUGGCCUUUGAUCGGCCACCUUCAUCUCCUAGGCGGUUCAAAGCAGCCUCCAUACAUAACCUUAGGAGACUUAGCAGACAAAUACGGACCAAUCUUCACCCUUCGAAUCGGUGUUCACAAAGCCGUUGUGGUAAGCACUUGGGAGUUAGCCAAGGAGAUUUUCACCACACACGAUGUCAUAAUCUCGUCCCGUCCAAAAUUCACCGCCGCAAAAAUAUUAGGACACGACUACGCUAAUUUUGGAUUCUCUCCUUAUGGAAAUUACUGGCAAAGGAUGCGUAAGGUCACGGCUUCAGAGUUGUUAUCUGUUCGGAGAUUUGAAUUGCUUGGUGAUAUUAGAGACUCGGAGGUGAAGAAAUCGUUGGCAGAGAUUUAUAACAACGAUGGAUUUGAUGAGUCUGGUGAUUUAAAAGUGGAGAUGAAACAGUUGUUGGGAGAUAUGAACUUGAACGUGAUUAUGAGGAUGAUUGGUGGGAAGAGAUAUUCGAGUGAUGGUGGUGAUGAGAGAGAGGUGAGGAAGGUGAGGUGGGUUUUCAGAGAGUUUUUUCGGUUGACAGGUUUGUUUGUGGUUGGAGAUGCGAUUCCGUUUCUUGGAUGGCUUGAUCUGGGAGGACAUGUGAAGGAGAUGAAGAAAGCUGAGCGUGAGAUGGAUAGUGUUGUUUGUGGAUGGUUGGAAGAACAUCGCAGGAAAAAUAAUGAUUUGGGAGAGAUUGCUAAGAAUGAGCAGGAUUUCAUUGAUGUUUUGUUGUCUGUUCUGGAUGGUGUUGAUCUUGAUGGUUAUGAUCUUGAUACUGUCGUCAAAGCCACAUGCUUGACGUUAAUUGCCGGGGCAACGGACACAACAACAGUAACAAUAACAUGGGCACUCUCAUUACUGCUGAACAAUCGCCACACAUUGAAGAAAGUUCAAGAUGAAUUAGACGAAAAAGUUGGAAAAGAAAGGCUAGUGAAUGAAUCAGACAUAAACAACUUAGUUUACCUUCAAGCCGUGGUAAAAGAAACACUCCGACUAUAUCCUGCUGGACCAUUCUCAGGUGCGCGUCAAUUCACUGAAAAUUGUACCGUAGGCGGAUACCAUAUUCAAACAGGUACUAGACUGAUUUUGAACCUUUGGAAAAUGCAUAGAGAUCCACGCGUGUGGUCGGAACCAUUAGAGUUUCAACCAGAAAGGUUUUUGAAUACUCAUAAGGAUGUUGAUGUGAAAGGGCAACAUUAUGAGCUGCUUCCAUUUGGAGGUGGAAGAAGGUCUUGUCCUGGGAUAACAUUUGGUCUUCAAAUGACACAUUUGGCAUUAGCUGCUUUCUUGCAAGCGUUUGAAAUCGCAACUCCGUCGAAUGGUAAUGUUGAUAUGAGUGCGACGUUUGGACUCACAAAUAUCAAAACCACCCCGCUUGAGGUUAUAGUGAAACGCCGUUUGCCAUACGAGCUCUUUGUUAGUGAAAAUUAGCCAAUUAUAUUAAUGAAUUGGUGCGUGUUCAGAAUAAAGUACAACUUUUGCCAAGAAAAUUUGUGGAUUAAAGAGAUUGAACUAUGAUUUUAAAUAAAAGAAGCGGUCAUACACGUGGUUCUAUAUAUUGUGAUUUCGGUUGCAUGAACAAAGAUUGAAUGUUGGGGUUU